CGAACUUUUGAACAGAUGCGCUCCUGACAAAUCUUCUGUUUUUAUUUAUUCAGACGUAGCAAGUGUUUCGGAGCUCUGAACAAUUAUAUGCAAAUACUUAAAUAUAUUCAGUUAGCAAAAACUCUCUGCAAAGUGCAUGAAAAUGUUCCAGAUAUAUUAGGAUUAGAUACUUUUCAAAGAUAGUGUAGAUUAUGCAACUGGAAAACAAAAAGACAAAAAAGAAAAAAAAUUUUAAUUUAAUUUUCAGGAAGAUCCAUUCCUGUCUAUUGCAACUGCACACGCCUUUCACGAUGACGAAGAUCCUUACAUGUGCGGUCCUUUUUUGUGUAUCUCCGGUAGUCUUGUGUUUCUAUCGCUACCCGGGACGUCCCGGCUAUGACUGUCCAACUGCAAGGGAAAAAAUGUUGAAAAAUUCCAGCGGUAAUUGGAUGAUUCCAAAGUGCAACAAAGACGGUUCCUUUCAAGAACUGCAAUGUUUCGACACAAACGGUCCCGACGACUGCAUGUGCGUAUACAAAGAUGGAACACUUCUUUCUUUGCCUCAUCAAGGUUUAAACACCACGACUUGUCUGUGUUAUAUGAUCAAGUACGAACGCCUUCUAAAGAAAUUCAUUACCGAGGAAGAUUAUAGAGGUCCGAUCUGUGACUACAGUGGUUACUUUAAUCAUAAGCAGUGUAGUGUGGAAUCCAGGAAGUGCUGGUGUGUGACUAAGUAUGGAAUCGAAGUGGUGCCUCCGUCACCUUAUCGAACAACAUGUGAUGAUGUUGCCCAUCUACUGUAGCCCUAUGUUGUAAACUGUUACCAUUUACAUUCAAUAAAUACCCUCUUGCCCUCAUAA